UUGUUUUCUUCGACAGAUGAUAUAAAGCAGCGGUCUUUUAGUUUGCUAUGAUACCUUGUCCAGUGAACCAUGGCUGUGGCUCUAUUUCAUUUCAUAUCGUGUUUGGUUCUACCGGUCUUCGUCGAGUCCAUGAUGUUCCACUUGGCGGCAGGUCCCGGGAACAGCAAGUGCCUCAGUGAUCAGGUGCACAAAAACGUUCUUGUGGCUGGUAGGUACAAUGUAUCAGAAGUUAGUGGACACGCGGUGGACUUGUCCGUGACUGACAGCGGAUCACAGACUCUUGUGAGUCGAGUUUCGACGACUGGCGGCAAAUUUGUGUUCAUCAACGACGACGUGGACCUUUUCCAAAUCUGCUUCGUGUCUCGCAUAGUUGAUCAGAAACUCGUUCCGCGGAAAGUUACUUUCCACCAAGUGUUUCUCGAUGUGCGUCACGGCGUAGAAGCUAAAAGCUACGAAGGGUUGAAGAACACAGCGAAACUGCAAGAGAUGGAAGUUGAACUCAGACGACUGGAGGACCUGAGUGCGUCAAUUAUGCACGAUUUCAAUGUGAUGAAAGAAAGAGAAGCAACGAUGCGGGACACGAAUGAGUCGACGAACUCACGAGUGCUCUUGUUCAGCGCAUUCGGGAUCUUGUGGCUCGCUGCUGUGGCUGCGCCAGCAUCCGUUACCGGUGUGCGGAGUAACGUGUCGAAUUUUCAAGUGUCGCGAAGUGCGUCGAGUGUGAUUCAGAAACACGGUGAAGUGCCAUGUUCCAUUUGCGAAGACGACGGCGGACAAGUGGUGAAGGGAGAUGCAGUGAAACUCGAUGGGUUGCCGCCAUCCUCUCCAAAAACGGAAUGGUGCGGUCCUGCGGACCCAGUUUCGAACAUUCGUCACAUGCUCUUGCCCACGCCUUCCACUGAAGGGGAAACACACCUGCAGAGGAAAUUACGGAUCACGAAAGAGGCUGUGAAUGUUUGGCAUCAGAGCUUUUGGAAGGAACACAACACCGCAUUUUUCAAGGGAAAGCAAGAGUGGAUGAAAGUGCACGAAGUUGAAGGCACGCGGGAUCCUGUGCGGGUGUCAGAGUUUUACAAGAAGUUUUUGGACCAAAACUGGGAGAGGCACGUGAACUACAACUUUGAGUGGUACAAGAAGAACUUGCAUCUGAUCCUCUUGAGCUUGUUGGUCCAGGUCGAAGGUGUUGUCGGGAAGUUACGCGUUAGGUAGAAAAAUGCAGUACUUCGGUAGUGCUGUACAGUUCAUGUAAAUUCUUGUGUGACUCGAUCUUUUUUCAAUGAUAUUUGGUGACUGUCGAGAACAAUGUAUUCGUUUUCGAUGAAGUUUGCAUCCUUGCGGCAUAGAAGUUUCAGUUUUUUUUUUCAAUCAAUAGGAAGGAAGAAAUGAAGCGGUGAACUCUGAAAAUCGCACCGCGGUUGAACCUCAUUUCCUUCUGAUGAAGGAAAUAAUCUGAAACG